AAUUGUUUUCCCCCAAUCUUUUGCAGGCGAGAAAACUCUAAGCUCAAUUGGAUGAGCAGAUGAAUGCUUAUCGUAAAUUAGUUUCUUCUAAUAUUUCGACAAAAGCUGAUGCCGCAGAGAGUGAUCUAGAGUCUUGGAUUGAGCGGUUAAUAAAAUAACUCCAUCAAGUAAACUCACAGAUGCAAGCUUGGGUAUCCUCUGGUGGUUCAGAUAUGGUUUCUCAUACUUUGACUAGACACCAAGAAGUUCUUCAAGAUAUCACGCAGGGGUUUUAUCGUCUUCGCUCAAGUCUUCGAGCUAAGAAAGAACAUGCUUCACUUUUAGAUGAUUUUAAAGAAUUUGAUUGGACGAGAUUAGACUUGGAAGAGGGUGCCGAAUCUGAACAGCAUACACUUCUAAAAGAGCAUGCUUCUAUCAGCCGAAAUACCGGACAUGUCAGUCAUAUAAAACAAUUGUUUUGCUUUUCUAAUAUGAAAUGUUGUUUUCUUGCUUUUGAAUCCAUUUAUUCCUAGUGGAAUGCUUUGGCCACAUUAGUAUGUUAGCUUAGAUUUUUUUUUCGAACUCUUGUAGAUUUUGUACUAUUCUUGAGAAAGUGAUUUUCGCUCAUGAUA